AUGGACUUGGACCAAAUUGAAGAAAGGAUAAAAAAACUGGAAGAAGAAAUUGCUAAAUUCGAGGAGCAGGAGUUACGCAACAUAGAGAGUAUAAAAAAUGAAAUAAAGCAACUUGACACACAUGUAAGCGAAUUGAACAAAAAAAAAAACAACAAACAACUGCUAAACGCGAACAAAUGCUUUGCACACAAAUUGUUGCAAAAAAAGGGAAAUUGCAACAAAAAAAAAAAAUACGUAAAGGAAAUAAAAAGGGAUGUUCUUUUUCAGCUAAACUUAGUGAAGGAGGAAAAAAAAAAAAAAAACGACAUCUUGUUGCACACACAUUUUAACGCCCAACAUUUAAAGGAAUUCACCGACCAAGUGAAGCAACACUUUUUAAUCUUAAAUGUACAGAGGGAGUACUCCAUAAAAUUUCUGUUUGAAAAAAUUGGAAAAGUUAAAACAAAAGCAGUUGCCUACUUCAACAAAUUUUUAAUUAUACAAAAGGAGAUUCACUUCCUCCUGCAGUCCAUAAAUAACAACGCCCUGACCGACCUGUUUGUUUUGGCCAAAAAUUCCCUGCUCUUCCAAAAGGAGGUGGCCAACAUGUUUCAGCGUUUUUACCACCAGGUGGAGAACUCCCUCACGGGGCUGUGA